AUGUCAUCAACUUACUCUGUUGAAAGAAAAACCAAAAAAAUAACUCAAGCUACUUCAAGAAAAGGCUGUAUGAGAGGUAAAGGCGGGCCUGAAAAUGCUAGCUGCACUUAUAAAGGUGUCCGUCAGCGUACUUGGGGUAAAUGGGUCGCGGAAAUCCGCGAGCCCAAUCGCGGAGCCCGCUUGUGGCUCGGCACUUUUGAGAAUUCUUAUGACGCGGCCGUGGCAUACGAUGCCGCGGCCCGUAAACUCUACGGAGCCGAUGCUAAACUCAACUUACCUCAUCUCUACAACAAACAGGCCCAGGCCCAAGUUCAGGCCCAUAAUUCUAGGCCCAAUACCAUGGGCCUGGACAAUGCUGGAGGCCCAGUUUCAGCUCCUCCCACAUGCAAUCCAGCUGCUGUUUAUAAUGUGGCAUCACCAUCAACUUGGAGUAUGGGAAAUGAUCACACAUCUUUCUAUUUCAACAAUGAUUUUGGUAACAACAAUUUUUCUACUGGGGAUCAAGAUCUAGUUUCGUUUCAGUUUCUGGACAUUAAUCAAACAGCUGAAGAGUUUGAUGAAAACAAUAUUAAUCAAAAUGAAGGAAUUGGUGGAGAAAUGUGGAGAGAUUUGAAUAUGAAUUUGCCAGAAAUUGAUGAUUCUUCAAUAUGGGAGGAAGCAAAAGCAACAACUUCAUUUCAGGAAGCAGUGAGUGAUCCAGGAAUAUAUGCAUGCAACUUAGAUGAUGGGAUUAAUUAUCCUCCAUGGUGUGGUUAA